AUGAUUGUGCGAAAAUCAAUAGUCCGAUCCAUUCUCAUUAACCUUUCCGAAUGGCAGGAUCAAGCAUGGCUCUUAUUCGUUGAUCGUGCACACAAUCUUUCAUACGCACUUGUACCCCAUUUACCAAGUUCUAACAUUGAAGUUCUCUCAGAUGCUGUUACUAUUGAUCAUAUUUCUUCGACUAUUAAUAUCAUGUUGAAACGACACAAACAAUUGCAUAUCGUAUUUGCCUGGCCACUCGAUGUGUUGCAACUUGGUCAGAAUAACAAUGAAACAACAUUUGAAUUGCACGUAGAGCAUUUGUGCUACAAAUUUGUUUACAUUCUGCAAUCGAUUCAAAAAUAUCAUCAACAUAAUAAUCCAUUUCCAUAUAUAUUUAUUCUUACACAAAACUGUCAGCCAAUACAUGCAAUGAGUGUUAAAUUCAAUCCAAUAAUAGCACCACUCAUUGGACUUGCCCGUAGCUUAAGUGUCCAAUGUCCACAUCAUCACAUUAAACUUAUUGACUUACAACCAACAGCAGGCAUAUUUGUAAAGUCAUCCUAUUCCGACAUCCUCGUACAGUAUAUUGUUGACUCACGAGAAGAUAAUAAUCUUGACGAAGUCAUUCUUACUCUUGAUAAAGAUAAUCAUGUUCAAUGCUUUCGAUGGUACUAUGAUUCGUUGCAAUCAAAAGAGCAGCAGGAAGUAUCACCGAAAAUGAAAACAUCCAUUGUACCUAAAACCGAUGCUGAUAAGAAUCCAUUUCGACUUCAAGUUGCAUCAUCGCGGUUUGUAUCUGACCUUGCUUGGGUGAAAGAUCCAAUACCGAUCAAUGAUCUAUCACCUGAUAAAACUCUAGUCCGUGUUCACUGCGUUGGUCUAAACUUCAGAGAUGUCCUGAAAGCACGUGGUCUUUAUCCUCACACACGAGUAUUUGGUGAAGGAGAUUGUGACCAAAAUGUGGCCGAUCAUGAUUCUAGUGUUGGAACUGAUUUUAUGGGUAUUGUUACUGUUUCUCGUUCGGAGGAUCUGAAGAUAGGAGAUCGUGUUAUUGGUAGUUGCAUGGCAGGAGCUUUACAUUCCCAUGUUGUUGUCAGUACCUCAGUUAUUGCACGUGUGCCCGACGAAUGUUUGUUGACAGAUGAACAGUUAGCUGCACUGCCUACUCCAUUUUUAACAGCUCUUCAUUCGCUAAAACAGCGUAUUCAACUUAAAAAAGGUCAAAUCGUUCUUAUUCAUGCUGCUACAGGUGCCACUGGUCAAGCUUGCAUUCAGUACUGUCAGGCAGUUGGUGCUCGAAUUAUCGCUACUGCAGAACAUGUCUUCAAUAGUCGUGAUUUGUCGUUCGCCGCCGAAAUACGCACCCUUUUUCCCAAUGGUAUUAAUGUUAUUAUUAAUUCUCUUGCUGGUAUACUUCUUCAAGAAUCAUUCAAAUUGCUUGCUCCUCACGGUCAUUUUAUUGAACUUGGCAAAAGGGAUGUGUACGCGAAAACCAGUCUACCGAUUUUUGAUAUGCGACAAAAUUGCAAUUUUCAUAUCAUUGAUUUGGUACAACACCUUCAAGAUGAGAUACAUACCAUUCGUGGUAUGUUCGAUGAUAUUUUCGAUCAUUUUCGAAGAGGUUUAUUCAAACCGUUUGAACCUUUGACUGUUUUUGAGCCAUCUAAAAUAAUUGAUGCAUUCACACAGGCUAGUAUUGGUGCAUCUAUGGGAAAGACGAUACUUCGUGUAACGAAUUCAGAACAACCUGUUUUACUCCAAGAAGAUGAAAAGAAUACAAUGAUAAGUGAAAGCUCAAGAAAAGGAUCGAUGUUUUCAUCCUUGGUGUGUGAGAAUGGAACUAUCCUCGUUUCUGGUGGAUUGGGUGGUCUAGGACUUACUAUGUCUCGUUGGAUGGUAGAAAAACGAGGUGUUAAGCAUAUCGUUCUAAUGAGUCGUCGUACAGUUGAACAGUUUGAAAAAGCUGAAAAUAAUCCAGAACUAGAAGAUUGGUUACAACUUAAAGAGAUAGCAGUUAAACAUAAUGCUUGCAUUGAUGUCGUUCAAGUUGAUGUCACUCGAUGUGAUGAUGUUUGUAACCUGGUCAAACGUCUUCCCUUGAUUACGUAA